CCUCCGCUGCGGACCAAGGCGAGAUGGCGGCCACCGAGGGGGUCGGGGAAGCAGCGUCUGGCGCCGAGCAGGGCCAGCCGGAGCAGCCACCGCCGCAGCCGCCGCCGCCGGCGCAGAGCGGAGAGACAGCGGCCGAGGCCGGAGAGGCGGUGCCGUCGCCUAUGGACGACGGGUUUCUGAGCCUGGACUCGCCCACCUACGUCCUGUACAGGGACAGAGCAGAAUGGGCAGAUAUUGAUCCAGUACCACAGAAUGAUGGUCCCAAUCCAGUGGUCCAGAUCAUCUAUAGUGAAAAAUUUAGGGAUGUUUAUGAUUAUUUCCGGGCUGUUCUCCAACGUGAUGAAAGGAGUGAACGAGCUUUUAAACUGACCCGAGAUGCUAUUGAAUUAAAUGCAGCCAAUUACACAGUGUGGCAUUUUCGGAGAGUUCUCUUGAAGUCCCUUCAGAAGGAUCUACACGAAGAAAUGAACUACAUUACUGCAAUAAUUGAGGAGCAGCCAAAAAACUAUCAAGUUUGGCAUCACAGACGUGUAUUAGUGGAGUGGCUGGGAGAUCCGUCUCAGGAGCUUGAGUUUAUUGCUGACAUUCUUAAUCAGGAUGCCAAGAAUUACCAUGCCUGGCAGCAUCGGCAGUGGGUUAUUCAGGAAUAUAAACUCUGGGAUAAUGAGCUGCAGUAUGUAGACCAGCUUCUCAAAGAAGAUGUGAGAAAUAACUCUGUCUGGAACCAAAGAUACUUCGUCAUUUCUAAUACCACCGGCUACAAUGAUCGUGCUGUGUUGGAGAGAGAAGUCCAGUAUACUCUGGAAAUGAUUAAAUUAGUACCACAUAAUGAAAGUGCAUGGAACUAUUUGAAAGGUAUUUUGCAGGAUCGUGGUCUUUCCAAAUAUCCUAAUCUAUUAAGUCAGUUACUUGAUUUACAACCAAGUCACAGUUCCCCAUACCUAAUUGCCUUUCUUGUGGAUAUCUAUGAAGACAUGCUAGAAAACCAAUGUGACAAUAAGGAGGACAUUCUAAAUAAAGCACUAGAGUUAUGUGAAAUCCUGGCUAAAGAAAAAGACACGAUAAGAAAGGAAUAUUGGAGAUACAUUGGAAGAUCCCUUCAAAGCAAACACAGCUCAGAGGGUGACCUCCCGACAAAUGUGCAGCAGUAGCACCAUCCAGAAGGGUGCGACAGGGCACUUUUAUUUUUUUAAGGGACUCUCAUGCAGGAUCAUUCCCUUGGCCUGUGGUGUGAAAUGUGCACUGCACAGGUGCUGUUUUCUAACAAGAACUAAGCGUGAUGUUCCCUGGGUGGUGCUGCUAUCUGGUUAGCUCUGAGUAAUACAGUUAUUAUACAAGGCAAUGUAAUUGGAGCAGAGUAGGAAGAAAGGAGUUCCAUCAGGGAGCUUUUGUAGUCUUAUCAGCAUUUAACCUAAUUGCUUAGCAUUGGCUCUUCCCUGAGUGGUCUGUGCAAAGGCAUUCCUCGUGUAGUGACUGCAGGUAACUCACAUGCGAUGAGGGUGAGGCAGUAAGUUGGGUUCGAUUCCAUAAGCAGAUGAUACAGUUGUUUCCUUAGAGCUGCUCUGGCACACUCACGGUAUCUUACGCUCACUGUAACCAACUAAUGCCAAAACAGUGGUUUUUGUAAUAAAAUUGUAGAUGUAUCUAAAAACAGUA